GGGAAAAAUACUCGACGGACCCAUUCAGCAGAAAGCCAGCACGGUGUGCCAUUACGCUUCUUAUCUCUUCAUUGUUCCCGAUGGUCAAUUAUGCGGUUUUGAUUUCCCAGUUCCUUUUCGGCUCGAUAGAACCCAGAUUCCCCGUCUUCCAAAGCGCUUGUGUGGCUCUACACACAAGUCUCCAGCGCAUGUUUCCAGGCGGGGCUCCCAAUCGGGCUUCCUCCUCGUACCCUCCAUCAAAACGACAGAAACGCGGGGUCGACAUGUAUCACCAGAACUCCUCGCAAGAAGAGGUGAUUUACAACUCGAACGGGUCAUGGAGGUCAUAUAACGAUCGCUGGAGUGUGAAACAGUCUUCCGCUUCUUCGAGAGAAGAUACCACCGCGGGGGGUCAGGCAGUGGCAGGGAAUGGGCUACGGGGCCCUCCUGAGCAGCACCAGCACCAGCCGCGGGAUCUGCCCUCUUCUCUCCCGUUGCGUGAGGUUGCAUCGAUUCAAGCGAAUGUGGAUGUCAACCAGUCUCAAUACCAGGACGGCUAUUCGCAGCAAUAUCAUCAGAACCAGCAUCAGAAUCCAUGGCCCAUGCAGAUGCAGAUGCCAUUUGUACCGAACCCGUUCAUGUCUCUUCCUCUGCAGAUGAUGCCGAUGUCUAUGCCCAUGUGGAAUAACGCCAACGGCCAGCUGCCCUUUGACAAUCCGCAAUUUGCGUCCGCCUUUUUAAAUCAAAAUUUCGCAGGUAUGCCGAGUUAUAAUAACAACUACAAUAAUAAUGACGAUAAUAAUCGCACUUCAAUGGGGACCCCAAGUGCACGACGAGAACGAGUCUCACGGCCCCUCGCUGCCCCAAAACCAACGAAGGAAUAUCUUGCGCAGUCAUCUCUGCCACCGCAGCCGUCUGCGUCUCCUCAGCCACUGCUCGUCAUCCUUGACCUGAACGGCACUCUCAUCUACCGUGCACACCGCCGUCUACCUCCCGUGUUUGUGAAACGACCGGGUCUCGACGAAUUCCUCGACACUCUAAUGCAGAGGUACACUGUGAUGAUCUGGUCCAGUUCACAGCCGCCAACGGUGCAAGCCAUCUGUGCGCAGCUGUUUCCUGGUGAAAAACGCAAAGCGCUUGCUGCCGAAUGGGGCCGGGACAAGUUCGGGUUGACCAAGUCACAGUACCAUGGGAAGAUCCAGGUCUACAAGCAGCUGAAGACCGUAUGGGCGGAUCCAUCCAUCCAGGCGCGGUUUCCCUCCGACCGGUCUCAUUCUGGAGCAGACCGCCGAUGGGACCAGUCUAACACAGUCCUGAUAGACGACAGCAAGCUCAAGGCGGCUAGCGAACCGCUCAACAUCCUCGAGGUUCCCGAAUUCACCAACUUGCGCGGCGUUGACGAAUCGGGCGUCUUCCCUAACGUCCUGAGAAAAUUGGAGAAACUCGCCCUCUCAGAUGAUGUCAGCAAGACAAUCCAGUCAUGGAAUAGUCACGAGCGAGUCAUCUCGCGAGACGCCAAUGGUAAUCUAGAGAACAGCGGUAUCGGGACCGGCCCUGCCGCUAUCGAGGCUCUUCCUUCUUCUGAAACAAAGCGUCAAAAACGCCAGGCCCGCAAAAAGGAAAAGCUGGCAGCCUGUCAGGCAGCAAAGGAGACACUCACCACAACCGACAACUCGACGGAACCAGCAAUUAAACAACAACAGAGUGAACCACCAGUGUCAGCCUCUACUCUCGGCACCGGCACACCAAGCGAAGCUGCCGAGGCACGUAUACAACGACGAAAGGCGAAGAAACAAGAGAAAAAAGCCGCACGGCGCGCAGCAGCAGCAGCAACAGCAGUUUCUGGUGAGACUAAAAGUGCCGAGAACAUCAAGGACAGUACUACUCACCAGAACGCCAACGCCAACGCCAACAAGACCACCAACAAGGGCAAGAAUAAAGGCAAUGGCAAGGGUAACGGGACCGUCAGCACCACCAGCAAGAGCAGACCAAAACGCACCGCCGCCAUCGCAGCAGCAGUCGCCAUCGCGGCGGAGAUCAGCCAGCUGAAUUCCGCACAGGCAGCCGCCGCACCUGUGGUAUCUUCCUCGCUGCAGAUGGAGCGCUCCGUUUCCCCUGUGUCGACUGCGUCGGAGAAUCAUCUUCUCGAUCGAUUAGAGGAAUCACUGGGGUUGUAGUUGAUAGAUACUAGCUUACACAUUACAUAGCUAGAUAGUGCAUACAAAUGAUAGAAUUACGAAUAAUUAUUAUGGACUCGACUAC